UUGCCCUUUACACAACACACAGAACACAAGAGACGUGAACCAAGACGCUUUUUUUUUUUUCUUUUUUCCAUUUUCAAUUUCCUCAAAUUAUUUUUUUCUUCAUUCCUUCUUCGUUAUCCAAUUCCUCUAAUUCCGAAAUCAAUCUCUCUCUUUCUCUCUCUAACCUUUUCUUUUCUCUCUCUUCUCUGAUCGGUUCUUCGGCGAUUGUUCGGCAGUUUCUGUUUCCUCUUCAGCCUAAAAGGACAAAAACCCUUUUUCAGUAUUAUUCAUUUCUUAUCAUCGUACAUAAUCCAAUAACAUGUAUAUGUGUAUAUUUUAGGGGGAAAAUCAUUUUAGACCAAAAAAGUUAUUUUUUUCAUCGAUUUUUUUGGUAAUUGUUUUUUAAAUUUCAAUUAUAUUGUUCAUUUGUGAUUAGUAGCAAAAUCGUUGUGAAUAUUGGAGUAAUUUAAUUUGAUUGUAGCUUGAAGGAAAAGGCCGAAUCAUUGUUUUUCCUUUUCCCACCGGUUCCUUCCUUGUCUUCUGUUGUUUUUUUUAUUUGUUUUUCGUGUGUUGAUACGGAAACCAGAAAAAGACAAAAGAGGAAAAUUUUGGAGGAUUGAAAUCGUGUUUUGAUUUGGGUUUGUUGUGAAUUUGGUGGGUUCAAUUGAAAAUUUGGAAGCUUUUAGAAAAAUUGGAGAUGGAGGCACUUGUGUGAAUUUUCUUUUCCCCUUUUUUUGUGCUGUCCAUGGUGGAAGAGGGUGAAGAUGUGUUGAUGGAUUAAAGGGGAGGGUGCACACUUUGGGAGGGUUGUGAAUGUUUGAAGGUGAAUUUGAAGAAUCUGUGAUUGUUGUGUUUUUGGUGAGUGGCUAUAUUUCUCUCUCUGGUUAUGGGGAUGAGGAGUGAUUCACAGAAACAACAAGUUCUUCAUCAGGGUGUUGGUGGUGGUGGUGGUGCUGCUGUUGGUAGAACCAAUGGCUUUAUUCCCAGCUCCUUUCGUGCUAUCUCUAGCUACCUAAGGAUUGUUUCCUCUGGAGCUUCAACUGUCGCCCGCUCGGCUGCAUCGGUUGCUUCAUCAAUUGUUGAUAGGGAUGAUGAUGCUGACCAUGAUCAGGUAAUCUGGGCGGGAUUUGACAAGUUGGAGAGCAAGGGUGGAAUCUUGCAGCAGGUACUUCUUCUAGGCUAUCGUUCUGGCUUCCAGGUUUGGCAUGUUGAUGAAUCAAACAAUGUACGUGACGUGGUUUCCAGACAUGAUGGUCCUGUUUCUUUUAUGCAAAUGGUUCCAAAUCCAAUUGCAUCAAAGAGAUCAGAAGACAAGUUUGCAAAUAGCCGCCCACUGCUGGUAGUUUGUACCGAUGGAUUCUUUGCCAGUGGUACCAAUGUUCAGGAUGGGUCAAAUGCCCCUUACAAUGGGGGCACUUCGAACUCACAUGACCAAAUGAAUGGCAACUAUCUGCCAACCACUGUUCAGUUUUAUUCUAUGAAAUCCCAUGCUUAUGUCCAUGUACUGAAAUUUAGAUCAGUUGUCUAUUCGGUGAGGUGCAGUUCUCGAGUAAUUGCUGUAGCUCAAUCCACUCAGAUACACUGUUUUGAUGCUACAUCUUUAGAAAGGGAAUAUACGUUACUUACCAAUCCUAUAGUCAUGAGCUGUCCCGGUUCUGGUAGCAUAGGCUACGGACCACUUGCAGUGGGUCCAAGAUGGCUAGCAUAUAGUGGAAGCCCGGUUGUAGUCUCUGCCUCUGGGCAUGUCAGCCCACAACAGCUGACACAUUCUUCAAGCCUUCCUGGUUAUUCUUCAAACGGGAGCUUAAUUGCGCACUAUGCCAGAGAGUCCAGCAAGCAGCUUGCUUCAGGAAUUGUGACCCUUGGAGAUAUUGGGUACAAGAAACUUUCCAGAUACUACUCUGAUAACAAUGGUUCAUUACAAUCUGUAAAUUCUGGCCCAAAGGGCAAUGGAAUCAUUAAUGGCCAUUCAACAGAUGCCGAUAACAUUGGAAUGGUCAUUGUUAGAGAUAUUGUUACAAAAAACGUCAUCACCCAAUUCCGGGCCCACAAGAGUCCCAUUUCUGCUCUAUGUUUUGAUCCUAGUGGCACCAUAUUAGUGACUGCUUCAGUCCAGGGGCAUAAUAUCAAUGUUUUUAAGAUAGUUCCCAGACAUGAAAAUUCAUCAGUAUCUGACGCUGGUCUUUCCUAUGUUCAUCUAUACAGGCUACAACGUGGCUUCACAAAUGCGGUUAUACAAGACAUCAGUUUUAGCAAUGAUAGCAAGUGGAUUAUGAUUAGUUCCUCAAGGGGCACUAGCCAUCUAUUUGCCAUAAAUCCUCAAGGAGGAUAUGUAGAUAUUCAAUCUUAUGAUGAUAAUCCUAUGCCAAAAAAUAAUGGAAUGGGAGUUAUGACUAAUCAAGCAAUGCGCAGGUCGCAUAGUUCAGUAGUGCCUCAGCAGCAGAGCCUUAUCGCCUCUGGGCCUCCAAUCACACUUUCUGUAGUAAGCAGAAUUAGGAAUGGAGCUAAUGGCUGGAGAGGAGCGGUAAGUGGUGCUGCCGCAGCUGCAGCUGGGAGGAAGAGUUUGCUCUCUGGUGCUAUUGCUUCAUCUUUCCGUAAUGCCUUAUAUGUUGACGGGAACCAUUCCAAGGCAAAGAAUCAUCUUUUGGUCUUUUCACCUACUGGGUCCAUGAUACAAUAUGCUUUGCGGACAAUAAAUGGUCAAGAUUCGACCAUUGUUUCGGGAAUAACCCCGGCUUAUGAAUCCAUUCCGCAAACUGAGGCAAGAUUAGUAGUGGAAGCUAUCCACAAGUGGAAUAUAUGUCAGAGACAUAGUCGGAGAGAAGAUAAUGUUGACAUAUAUGGCGAGAGUGGAAUUUCUGAUAGCAACAAAAUAUAUCCUGAGGAAGUGAAGGCGGACAACCUCGUCAGCCCUAAAGUCAAGAAUGGGGUCAAGAAAAUGAAUCUCUCUCUUGAGGAACAGCAUCAUUUGUAUAUUUCAGAAGCUGAAUUGCAAAUGCAUCCUGCUCAGAGACCAUUGUGGGCAAACCCAGAGAUAUAUUUUCAUUCAAUAUCAAAAGAAUCUGCCAUAAUGAAUGAAGCAGCAUCUUCAGGAGGCGAAUUUGAGAUCGAAAAGCUUCCAAGUCGCAUGAUUGAAUCUAGGUCGAAAGACUUGAUUCCAAUUUUUGACUAUAUACAGACCCCGAGAGUGCAACAAACAAGGACUACUGCUACAGAUAACAAGACUAAUGAACAACUGUCACGUCAAACUUCAUCACUGUCUAAUAAUGGCAGGAUUUCACCCGGUGCUGUUUUGGGAUCUCCUGAAUAUGUUACCGAUUCUGUUGGCGAUGUUGCUGAAUUUAAAAGCGAGUCUGAAGGAACCGAGUGGGAUGCUCAUUUUGCGCUGCCUGAAAUGGGGGGCUUUGUAAAUAGCAAUGACACUGUCAAACCAAAUACUCAGCAUGAGAUUGUAAAUAAUAUAAAGGAGCAUCUAAACAUGGAGGCCCAGCUCAUGUAUGUAAAUAGUAACACAAGGCCUCUGAAUGAAGAAUCAUUUUAAAGGAAGACAGAGAUGAAUUUGAUUCAAGGCUUGAAAAUAUUCUUUGAUUUGGCACUGGAGGCUUAAUUAACAAUGUUGAUAUAUAAUAUGCUUGAAGAGGUAGAGAAGUUUGAGGAGUAGGGGAUUGACUGGGAUGCAAAAAUUGUGGAUACUAUGUUGUUGCCUUUUCCUUUUCCUUUUCCUUUUUCUCUUCACAUUGUAAAUAACAGACAGAUGUAUAUCAAUAAUUAGUUGUAAUGUGUAAAUAAUAGAAUCACCUUGUAACUUGCCUUUCUAUUUUCAUUCUUCUAUUCAAGUUACAUUGGUUUCCCCUAUCACUACACUGUGGCUUUCAAUUGUAAUUCUUAAGCAACAUAUAAAGUUGUAUAUUAAUAAUAAUAGAGAUAACUUAUAUGCUAA